GGAGGGAAUAAGAGAGAAAGAGUGAGGAAGAGAUUGAGUGAGAGUAUCAGAGACUGCAAAGAGAGAGAGAGAGAGAGAGAGAGAGGGAAGGCAUGAGAGACACUCAGGAAGUGACUCUACGUCAGAGAAAAAGCUGUGGACUGAGGAAAGAUUGGAAAGAGCCAGACUGGGAAGAGACAAUCUAAAAGAAAAGUUAAAAAGAGAGGAAGAGAGAACACAAGACAGUAGACAAAGUGGUAAGAGGGCGAAGGAGUGAUCAGGUAGGUGAGGACAGACCAGAACUAUGAGGCCCAGCGCUUGAGAGACCAAGGAGGGGAGACUGCAGCUGACGCCUGAUCCACACCUCCUCUCCCUGUCACUGGGACCCCAGAGUUGGGGCUGGAUGGAGGAGGGCCGACCGCGGAGCAGCCUCAGCCUGGCCAGCAGCGCCUCCACCCUCUCCUCGCUCAGUGCCCUGAGCGCCAAGAAGCCCGCCCGGGCAGUGAACAAGGUCCACGCCUUCGGGAAGAGGGGCAACGCCCUCCGAAGGGACCCCAACCUGCCCGUGCACAUCCGAGGCUGGCUUCACAAGCAGGACAGCUCUGGGCUCCGGCUCUGGAAGCGCCGCUGGUUCGUCCUCUCUGGCCAUUGCCUCUUCUAUUACAAGGCAGACAGCCGCGAGGAGAGCGUGCUAGGCAGCGUCCUGAUCCCCAGCUACAACGUCCGGCCAGAUGGGCCUGGAGCCCCCCGGGGGAGGCGCUUCACCUUCACCGCAGAGCACCCGGGCAUGAGGACCUAUGUCCUGGCGGCUGACACCUUGGAGGAUCUGCGGGGCUGGCUGCGGGCAUUGGGCCGGGCCUCCCGCGCGGAGGGUGACGAUUGUGGGCCACCCAGGUCACCCCCUCGCCUCCAGCCUGAGGAGGGCCCUGGUGGCCCCGGGGGUCCUCCGGAGGUGAGCAGAGGGGAAGAGGGGCACAUCUCAGAAUCCACAGAAGUGGCUGGGUUCUCCAGAGGUCGUGGCCGACCCGGGCUGUUGACUCCCAGCCCCACCGCAGACCUCCAGUCUGGAACCAGGGGUCGAAGGACCAGGAGCCCCGACCUGUUCGCAUCCCUCUCUCACCCGCCCUCCCCACUGAGCCUUCCCCGUCCCCGAUCUGCUCCUGCUCGGCGACUGUCACCCUCCUCAGGAGACAGAGCGUUCCCUGCCCGACCUCACACCCCCUUGAGUCGCAUUGAUGUCCGGCCUCCUCUUGAUUGGGGGCCCCAGCGACAGACCCUUUCCCGGCCCCCCACACCCAGCCGUGGACCCUCCGCUGAAGCUGGCGGAGGACGGCGUCCCAGAAGCCCCCCAAACUGGAGUCAGGAACCCAGAACACAGGCUCCCUCCGGCUCUUCCACUUAUCUCCAGCUCCCCCCAAGGCCCCCUGGCACCCGGGCCUCCAUGGUUUUAUUGCCAGGUCCUCCCCUGGACUCAACCUUCCACCAAAGCUUGGAGACAGAUAGCCUACUGACCAAGUUGUGCGGGCAGGACCGGCUCCUGAGGAGGCUGCAGGAGGACAUCGACCAGAGGCAGGAGGAGAAGGUGCAGCUGGAAGCCGCCCUGGAGCUGACCCGGCAGCAGCUGGGCCAGGCCACCAGGGAGGCUGCGGCUCCGGGCAGGGCCUGGGGUCGCCAGCGCCUCCUGCAGGACCGUCUGGUCAGCGUGAGGGCUGCCCUGUGUCACCUGACUCAGGAGCGAGAGCGAGUUUGGGACACGUACAGAGGCCUGGAGCAGGAGCUGGGAACCUUACGAGAGACCCUGGAAUACCUGCUGCACCUCGGAUCCCCCCAGGACAGAGUGGUGGCCCAGCAGCAGCUGUGGAUGGUGGAGGACACGCUGGCGGGGCUGGGGGGCCCCCAGAAACCGCCCUCCCACACUGAGGCUGACUCCCCUUCCCCUGUGCUCCAAGGCGAGGGGUCCUCCGAGAGGGAGAGCCUGCCCGAGUCCCUGGAACUCAGCUCCCUGCGGUCCCCUGAGACUGACUGGGGCCGGCCCCCUGGAGGUGACAGAGACCUUGGUAGCCCAUGCUCAGUCACUGUCCUUCCAGGUCUGGCGUCUCCCAGGGUCUCCCGGGCUUCCAGCCCAGAGGGCUGCCACCCCUCCUCCCCACCACUGGGGACCAAGGGUUCCUCCGCGCGGCCCAGGAUGAGCGCCCAGGAGCAGAUAGAGCGCAUGCGCAGGAACCAGGACAGUGGACGGCCUCUACUGCGCCCCGCCUCCCCUCGGCUCCUCACCCUGGGGAGGACACUGUCCCCAGCCAGACGCCAGCCUGACGCAGAGCAAAGGGCUGUCCUACGAACUGCAAAAUGGCUCAGAAGCUCCGGGUCCUGGAGCAGUCCCAGGAACGCUAGCCAUUCCUUGCCCACAUCCGAAGGCCACAGGGAGCGGGUCCUCAGCUUGUCCCAAGCCCUGGCCUCUGAGGCAUCGCAGUGGCACAGAUUGAUGACAGCCUCUCCAGGUGGGAAUUUGGAUUGUCGCGAAGACCCUCUCCCUUGUGUGCCUCAGUCGGACCCCAUGCCCCAGCUUACCUCGCCUCCGAGACCCCCCGCAGUCACGAAUUGUGGUUCCACUGGAUUCUCUGCACACGGAGGUGGGCGAGGUGGAAGCCCUGCCCCCCGGGAGCCCACCUGGGAUGCCGGGAACUCACCUCCAGCCCCCGGCCAAUGCGAGGGGGCGUGGCCUCUGAGAGUCACUCUGUUACAGUCCAGUUUCUAGUUUGCGCCUGCGAGGGGACCAAUUGGAGCGUGGGGGUGUGGCCUGGAGGUACCGCCUGAUUAUCUGCGGUCACUCCGGGCUGGGGGGGGGUCUGCACCUGUGGCCCAGGAGGUACCUGGUUUGUACCGGCAGUUUGGUUUUCCCACUGUCUAAAUUCGGAUUAAAACUUUGAACUUUUAGUCGAGUUUUCUUUCUGUCUC